AUGGAGACCGAAAGUGAGAGUAGCGCGUCGGGCGAUGACAGCGUGUUCUGGUUGGAUUCGGAAGUUAUAACCCAGGUGACUGGCAGUGAAGAGGGAGAAGGGGAAGAGCAUUUCAGGAAGAUGAAGUCCUCAGUACAUUCUGAAGAGGAUGAUUUUGUUCCAGAACUACACAGAAACGUUCACCCUCGAGAGCGGCCUGACUGGGAGGAAACACUUAGUGCGAUGGCCAGAGGAGCAGAUGUUCCAGAAAUUCCUGGAGACCUUAGUCUUAAGACAUGUGGCAGUACAGCCAGUAUGAAGGUUAAACAUGUGAAAAAACCCACCAAUCCAGGACUGAUGGGCUGUGACAACAUUCACAGGUUGCCCUUCACUAAAGGUCACUUUCCGAAGAUGGCUGAAUGUGCACAUUUCCAUUAUGAGAACGUGGAGUUUGGCAGCAUACAGCUUUCACUUUCAGAAGAACAGAAUGAAGUAACAAAAAAUGGCUGUGAAUCUAAAGAGCUGGUCUACCUCGUGCACAUUGCUUGUCAGGGCAAAAGUUGGAUUGUUAAAAGAAGUUAUGAAGAUUUUCGGGUACUUGAUAAACAUCUUCAUCUGUGUAUUUAUGACCGACGAUUCUCCCAGCUCUCAGAGCUUCCUCGUUCUGAUGCUCUGAAGGACAGUCCAGAGUCGGUCACUCAGAUGCUUAUGGCUUACCUGUCCCGCCUUUCAGCUAUUGCUGGGAACAAGAUCAACUGUGGACCUGCCCUUACUUGGAUGGAGAUUGAUAACAAGGGAAAUCACCUUCUAGUUCAUGAAGAAUCCUCUAUUAACACUCCUGCUGUUGGUGCUGCCCAUGUUAUCAAGAGAUACACUGCUCGGGCCCCAGAUGAAUUGACCUUAGAGGUGGGAGACAUUGUUUCUGUUAUUGACAUGCCCCCCAAAGUGUUAAGCACAUGGUGGAGAGGCAAGCAUGGAUUUCAGGUGGGACUCUUCCCUGGACACUGUGUUGAGUUAAUUAAUCAGAAAGUUCCCCAGUCAGUGACCAACUCAGUGCCAAAACCAGUAUCUAAAAAGCACGGCAAGCUCAUUACUUUUUUACGCACAUUCAUGAAGUCUCGUCCAACAAAACAGAAAUUGAAGCAGCGUGGAAUCUUGAAAGAAAGAGUGUUUGGCUGUGACCUGGGGGAGCACCUUCUGAAUUCUGGUUUUGAAGUACCCCAGGUUCUUCAAAGCUGCACAGCGUUCAUCGAGAGAUAUGGCAUCGUGGAUGGAAUAUAUCGUCUCUCUGGUGUUGCCUCCAAUAUCCAGAGACUACGCCAUGAAUUUGACUCUGAACAUGUUCCCGACCUGACAAAAGAGCCCUACGUCCAAGACAUCCACUCCGUGGGCUCCCUGUGUAAGCUGUACUUCCGAGAGCUCCCAAACCCUCUGCUCACCUACCAGCUGUAUGAGAAAUUUUCUGAUGCUGUUUCAGCAGCAACAGAUGAAGAAAGGCUGAUAAAAAUUCAUGAUGUCAUCCAGCAACUCCCUCCUCCACACUACAGAACACUGGAGUUCCUAAUGAGACACUUGUCUCUUUUAGCUGACUAUUGCUCCAUCACAAACAUGCAUGCAAAAAACCUAGCCAUCGUCUGGGCUCCGAACCUGCUAAGAUCAAAGCAGAUAGAAUCCGCCUGCUUCAGUGGGACGGCAGCUUUCAUGGAAGUGAGGAUUCAGUCUGUGGUUGUGGAGUUUAUCCUCAACCACGUCGACGUGCUUUUCAGUGGGAAGAUCAACGCAGUCAUUCAGGAAGGGGCAGCUUCUCUAUCAAGACCCAAGUCCCUGCUGGUCUCGUCUCCAUCUACCAAGCUGCUGACGCUGGAGGAAGCCCAGGCACGAACACAGGCUCAGGUCAAUUCUCCAAUUGUGACCGAAAAUAAAUACAUUGAAGUAGGAGAAGGACCUGCUGCACUCCAGGGGAAAUUUCAUACCAUAAUCGAGUUCCCACUCGAAAGGAGGAGGCCGCAAAAUAAAAUGAAAAAAUCUCCCGUGGGGAGCUGGCGUUCCUUUUUCAACUUGGGAAAAUCGUCGUCUGUUUCUAAGCGAAAGUUGCAGCGUAAUGAGAGUGAGCCCUCCGAGAUGAAAGCCAUGGCUCUGAAAGGUGGCAGGGCAGAAGGGACCCUCCGUUCAGCUAAAAGUGAAGAGUCUCUUACUUCUCUCCAUGCAGUCGAUGGUGACUCCAAGUUGUUCCGACCCAGAAGACCCAGAUCUAGCAGUGAUGCCCUGAGCGCCUCUUUUAACGGCGAGAUGCUGGGGAACCGCUGCAACUCCUAUGACAACCUGCCCCACGACAAUGGAAGUGAGGAGGAAGUUGGGCUAUUGCACAUUCCGGCUCUCGUGUCUCCGCACUCAGCUGAGGAUGUUGACUUGAGCCCACCAGACAUAGGAGUAGCCAGCCUGGAUUUUGAUCCGAUGUCAUUUCAGUGCAGUCCUCCUAAGGCCGAAUCAGAAUGUCUGGAGAGCGGGGCUUCCUUCUUAGACUCCUUGGGCUACUCCAAGGAUAAACAGAGUACGGAUAAGAAGGAUACGGAAACAGGCGGUAGCCAGUCACAGACUCCAGGAAGCACUGCAAGUUCUGAACCUGUGUCUCCUCUUCAGGAGAAGCUGAGUCCAUUCUUCACCCUGGACUUGAGCCCAGCUGAAGAGAAAGCAUCGAAGCCAUCCUCAUUCACCGAAAAGGUUGUCUAUGCUUUCUCUCCAAAGAUUGGCCGGAAGAUAAGCAAAUCACCCUCUCUGAACAUAUCCGAGCCCAUUUCAGUGACCCUUCCCACCCGGGUGUCAGAAGUCAUCGGCCCCGUCGCAAACACGGCAGCUCAGAACGCACCUUCUGCAGCCUGGAACAAAAGUAGCGAAGAAAGUGAUGUCAUAAAUAGAUCCCCCACCCAGGUAGUAAAGAGAAAAGCAAACGAGAGAGAGGCCCAGGAAGGGUGUGAGUGUGAAGCCCAGCCCCUGGACCAGGGGGCUGCUGCAGACGUAGACUCACCAGGGAAGGAGGAGCCUGCCUCAAGCAGUCAGAGUAAGGCUGUACCUUCUGGACAGACUCAGACAGGAGCAGACACACAUGACCCCCCUCAGGAUUCCGUUCCUGUAAGUUCAGUCUCUCUUAUCCCACCACCACCGCCUCCGAAAAACGUGGCACGCCUGCUGGCGCUGGCGUUAGCGGAGUCUGCACAGCAGGCCUCCACCCAGUCACUGAAGAGACCAGGCACAUCCCCGGCUGCCUGUGCACACUGUGGGGACAUAGCGGUGGCUGCAGCCGAGGACAGACCACCUGCUCCCUACUCUAGCGUUACUCUCGAGAAAGCCUAUUUCCAAACCGACAGGCCAGCAGAGCAGCCCCACCUCCAGAACAAGGGCCCUGGGCAUGGUGACCAGCCGGUGCCAGACACAGCGGCUGCCGGCGACUAUACCCAUUCCAGCAUCACUGACUCCAUGGGGCAGUCCCCCCCGGCAGACUUACCAGGCGAUCAGCCACAUCGAAUCUAUUUAUCUGGGGACCCAGAGAAGGCGAGAGUCACUUCCGUUCCCUCAACAGACUCAAAGUCUGAUGAUCUCAUCACUUUCCCUGAAGACCAAUCUGUGAAGACCAGUGUGCCGACCGUCUCCUUUGUGGACCACGAUCAGCUCCAUUUCUACAGUGGAGAUGAGCCUCCUUCUUACCUUGGUGCAAGCGUGGAUAAGCCGCAUCACCCUUCAGAACUUGCAGACAGAAGUCCUGCCCCUUCUCAUUUGCCUAGGGACAAGAUCUGCCCUCCUUCCGGGUCCCCUGAAGAGAACACCAGCACAGCCCCCCUGGCGUACAUGACGCAUGCUCCAGCAGUGGCCAUAGCAAGCGCCAGCGAAGCCAGCUGGGACGUAGCGGAACAGCCCAGCGCAGUGGAGUAUGUAACCGCCACCCUUCAGCGUGCUCAACGAGCCAGCCGUCCCCUACCCCUACCUCCUUCCCAGAGACCCGCAGAGCAGCCCCCGGUCCUGGGGCAGGUACAGACUACAGCCAGUAUAGGACUAACCAAUCCCCACAAGGUUCAAGCAGCAGUUCCGAUUCCGGAGAGGCCGUCUGAACCCAGGGGCCUGGGUGACCCUGCACCUGUCCUGGUUGGGGAUGGCGGGGCCGCUGCGCAGUGCCCAACCUCCGCUCCAGCUCCCCAGCCGGUCCUUCCUGAAAAGGUGCGGGAAGGUGCCAGGGCGCCCGCGCUGCACCUGCGCGCCGAGUCUGUGCCCGCGCAUGCCUCCUGUGGCUUCCCCACCCCGGCGCCCCCGGCCAGGACCAUGGAGAGCAGACUGGCCGCCGCCCUCCACUCGGGCAGCGCCGACGGGGCGGGCAGCGCCGGGUACCACUCCUUCGUUGCCGCUGCCUCAGCGGAAGAAGCCUUGCCUUUGCCCCUCCCUGUCCCACAAGCCAAGCACGGCCCUCUUAAGACUGCUUACCCCACGUUCACCAGGCCUGACCUCACCACGGAGCCCUUCGGUCCAGAAAACUGUCUGCAUUUCAGUAUGACCCCAAACUGCCAGUUCCGCCCCCAGAGCGUGCCACCCCAUCACGGGAAAGCGGAGCCGCACUCGGUAUAUGCGUCCAGGUCAGAGCCACCAGCCUCCACGGGCCCCCGGUACAACACGUACGUGGCCCCCGGGAGAAGCGUGUCUGGACACCACCCGAAGCCGUGUAGCCGGGCAGAGUACGUGUCCUCACUGAGCUCGUCCAUCAGGGGUGGCUGCUACCCCGAGGACAUGCCGCCGUACCCCACCAUCCGCCGGGUGCAGUCUCUGCACGUGCCUCCGUCCUCCAUGAUCCGCUCUGUCCCCAUCUCCAGGACAGAGGUGCCCCCAGAUGAGGAGCCCGCCUACUGCCCACGACCCCUGUACCAGUAUAAGCCAUAUCAGUCAUCCCAGGCCCGCUCGGACUACCACGUCACUCAGCUGCAGCCUUACUUCGAGAACGGCCGGGUGCACUACCGGUACAGUCCCUAUGCCAGCUCGGCCAGUUCCUACUACAGCCCCGACGGCGCUCUGUGUGACGUGGACGCCUACGGCACGGUGCAGCUGCGGCCCCUGCACCGCCUGCCCGGCCGCGACCUGGCCUUCCUCGCCCCGCGGCUGCAAGGCAAGAAUGUGUACGCGUUCGCCGGGGGUGCGGCCCCGCGCGCCCGGCCCAGCGUGGCCAGCUACUUCCCGGCCAGUGACCACAGCAUGGUCCACGUGCCCCCGGUGGCCGACGCGAAGCACGCGUACGCCUCGUGGGACCUGGAGGACCUGGAGAAGUACCGCCUGCAGUCCAUCCGCAGGGAGAGCCGUGCGCGGCAGAAGGCCAAGGGGCCUGUCGUGUCCCAGUAUGACAACAUGAGCCCGGCCGGCGCGCCGGACGACCUGGGCGGCAUCUAUGUCAUCCACCUGCGCAGCAAGUCGGAUCCUGGGAAAACUGGACUCCUCUCGGUGGCCGAGGGCAAGGAGGGGCGGCACCCGGCCAAGGCCCUGAGCCCCGAGGGGGAGGACCGCUUCUACCGGAAGCACGCGGAGCCGGAGCUGGAGCGCGUGCCCCACCACCAGGGCGGGUACGGCAACGGGCAGCCGGAGAAGCCGUGCCUCCCCCAGAAGCAGAGCAGCGUCAGGAACCGAAAGCUGCACGACACGGGCUGCAGCCUCCCCGAGCACAGGCCACAUCAGGAAGCAAGCCAUAGGCAGCUGUGCGACCCGAAGAAUGGGCCCCCUUUCCCCCAGGGAGCCGGCCCGCUAGACUACGGGCCCAAAGGGCUUCCAGACCCUGCCGAGCCUGUCAGCUACCUUAACUCUGGAGGGAAAUACGUGCCGUCAGGGCCGGAGUCUUUAAGACCGAGCCACAAAGAGGUGCGGCUCCCCAAGGAGCUGGAGCGGCCCCGGGCCCGGCAGCCCCCGGCCGCAGAGAAGCACCCCAGAGACUGCUACAAGGAGGAGGAGCACCUGUCGCAGUCCGCGCUCCCGCCCCCUAAGCCAGAGAGGAGUCACAGCCUCAAACUGCACCACCCUCAGAGCGCGGACAGGGACCCCGGCGUGCUGUACCACUACCACACCCACGGCAAGCGCCCGGGCCGGGGGACUGCCGGGCCGCAGUACGAUAACCUGGAGGGCUACCACUCCCCGCCCCAGCACCAGCGAGGGGGCUUCGGAGCAGCGGCAAUAGGCCCGUACAUGCCCCCCGGCUUCCCCCACCCCCAGAGCAGGACAUACGCCACAGCUCUGGGGCAGGGCGCCUUCCUGCCCACAGAGCUGGCCUUGCAGCCUCCUGAAACGCAGGUCCAUGCAGAAUGA